CACGUUCGGGUCUGUUGCGCGCGCGCGUGGAGAGCGUUGUUAAGCCCAUGUUGUUAUGGGUAUAUGUGGCUUAUAGUUUACAAAAUUUUAUAGCUUUAUUUUUACGUGUGGGCAAGACACGAUGUCUGGUUUUAAUAUCGUAGGAUUUGUCGUGUUAAAUAACAUCGCUGUAUGAAGCCUCGAGGAAAAUCCGGUUAAAAUUCGAACAUAAAUCCUUUCGUAGUAUAAACAAUCUAAUUCGGAAAUAUUUUAGAAAACCGCGGUUGUACGGAAUUUAUAUUCUAAAUAUUUCGGUCCAAUUGUUACAUUAUAAAGUUGGGAUGGUACAAGUAUGAUCUGUUGAGGUGGAGGACGCUUUUUAUGAGAUACAUCGACGGAUUUAUAUAUUAUAAUGGACGAGUUCAGUAAGUGUUUUUGUCGACUUUACUCUGGAGUGGGCAGCUGUUUUAUGCUAAAUUUUAAAUAAGCAAAAUGAUGGGACGUUUACGAAAAUAUUCCAAGCAAAAUUUCUCUUCGGAGACUUACGAAAAUCCAUCGACAGUGUUGAAACCAAGUUCAGAGCAAACAAAUUCCCUAGAUGUUGAGAGGUAAGUCCGCACGUUGUGUACAAUGUAUUUGUAUAUACUUUUACAUCUAUUGGCUAUUUAUUUCCGAUCUCGAUUGUCAUAUGAGCCCUUGGGAAUACUAUACUGUUGAAUUCGACGAUUUUUAUCGAUGGACACGUGCUCUAUUGGGCUAUCAGUGACUUCGUCAAAGUAUAUAUAAAUAGUUGAGAAUGUUUUUUACUUUCAUAACAGCGAACGUAUAAUUUUGAAUUUAAAUACUCAAGAGCGUUUUCGCCGGCCAAUAAUUGUUGAUUCGCGUAUGCAAACGACGAAUAGCGAAUUGGCGAAAAAGCAGUUCUAUAUCAUCGGUUCAUAAUUCAAAUUCUAAUUGUAGUUCGGUGAGUACUCGUCUGAAUUUCGGCCACAUAUAUGCUUUCAGGUUUAAAGUCUUGUCGCACAAAAAUUACUCAGACAAUUGAUAAAGUGGGCUGAGUAAGAACUAAAUUAAACAGCAUUUGCUCAUUUCAUUGUUUAUAUCAACUAUUCUGUCCCGCAGUGGGGAUCCUGACACAAAGAGUGUUCAAAAUUUGACGAAGGUCGGACGGUGCGAAAACGACAGCGAAGUCGUCUGCAAGCCUGGGGAAGCAACCACAGACGUUCAAACCUCCCAAGAUGAAAAUACCGAGGGAAUAAACGAUGAAACGGCAAUGUGAGUACCUUUUGUGAAAUGUUUCAUAUUUACUUUGACUUUGCAGGUGUUUUGCCGAUAAGGCGCAUAGCCCUGUUGUCUGAGUACUUUAACUUAUGAAAUAUUCUCCAAGAGAUAGUUUAUAACUUGAAAAACGUCUCAAAUUUUUACGAGAAAUUCGGGGCUUGGUUUCCGAUUUUAAUAUUGUGUGUUUAACAUUUCGCCUUUUAUUUUUUCUUUAUUUAUUGAUUUAACAGCAGGCAUUGCAGAAUUUGCAUACGUCAUAAAAAAUAUCUUUAAUAUUGCAAAAGCAUUUAUACAAGAAGAAAAAAAAAAAUUAAAAUUCUGUCGUGCAAAUACGUAUAUAGUAUAACGGCUGUCUAAAAUAAUGACCUCGACCGAUAUUUUUGUAAAUUUAUUUCUGAAUCCAAUUUUUCUCUAUUGUUUUCAAAACAUAUAAACAAAUUUUGGAGUUAAUGGUUGAUUAUUGUCCAUAGAUUACAAUGAGUCUAUAUAUUGCUUCAAUGCUAACUUGAAAGUCCUAGGAAUAUUGUCGUGUUUAUAGGGCAAUAUUUUGUUUGGAUUAUUAAAUUUUAGAGUGUUUUGAGGUUAUUUAAGGCAUUUGGAAUGUCGUACAGUACAAAAGAUUUUGUUCUUUAGCUAAAGGAGCUGAACAGGUGGUUUCGACUAAAUUACAGCCUCCCCCAAGUUUCAUUAUUGUUUAGAUUGUUAUGACUUAUUGCGGUCGCUUUUGUGUGCUUGUCUCAUUCUCAAAAGUGUUGUGUUAUAAAGUUUGGUAAAACAUGUAACAAAUGCAGCAUUUUGUAACACAUUGAAUUGCAACAUGCACAUUAUUACUUGAAAUAUGUUGCAAUUAGGUGCUAGCUACACUUAUAUUUGCAACAUUUUGUAUGUUGCAAUUUCCACAGUUGUAAUAAAUAAACAUUGCUGUUUUUUGAAGUCUUUUGUAUUAAUGUAUUUAUAUUGCAUGAAAGUCCUUUGAGAAUCUUUGCGAAUUGUCAUAAACUAUAUCAACAUUACACAGCACAUCUUUCUAAAAUUGUAAUUUUUGCCGAGUCUCUCUGCUGUAAUUCAAAAAUGGACAGAUCUCUCUUGAAUCUUGGGAAUCCAGCAUCGUCUGCAGCACAGAAUAUAAAACAUUCUGUGAAGCUAGUACUACAUGACAGUUUUAUUGUUAUCUUUUCAACUAAGUUUCCUGACGAAAGAGCCUGCCAAUUGCUCAAAAAUAUCAAGCGAGGAUGGAGUAAUAAAUUUCUUCCUGUGAGCACGAUAAAAAUUUUCUGCAGACAAGCAGAAUAUUUUUGUGCUAAGUUUAGCCAUACCCAUAAAUACUGUCUGCUGAGCAUGAUUUUCAACUUAAGAAAAAUGAAUUGUUGAGACAUAUGUGUGUCAGGUUCUUUAGCUUUUUAAAAAUUCCAAAUGUUUAAAAACAUCCCCCUCCCCCUCUGUGUGAGACAAAUUGAUUGGCUGUGAAUACUUCACAGAAAAUUUUAUAAUCCCUCUUGAAUGUACUUUGGGAAAACCAAAGUUUUAGGCAAGCCAAGGCAUGCCCAAUUUUCUGUCAUAAAAAUCUUCCAUUACUCACUAGCCUUCAGGCCUCAGGAUCAUUUGAAUACCCUGAUCCUCAAUGUGGACGUUUAUUCAUGCUGAGAUCUAUCAAUCUUGAUGGAUAAUUUGUUUAUUGUGUAAAUAGAUAUUCUGUGAGCUGGUAGUAUCAUCAGAUUUUACUUGUCCUGGUGCAUUAACCCUAAUUAACCUUAAAGUGUCCCCCUUGAUGCUUAAAAUCCUCUGGCAUUAGACAGAGUAAAAUAACAAAUUAGGUUGCAAAAAGACAUGGAUAGUCUGAUUAAAGGCUUAAAGCCGGUUUUUCACUUGGUAUUUGUGGGAAGCAAAGUUAAGUGGUUAAAUGAUUAAAGGGUAUGAGCAACAAAAAUUUCUUGCAAUAAAAGUUUCUUUUAUUUGAAAGAGCUUGUGAUAAAUGUGUAUAUGACAACUCUUCGUGACACUAACAUGGCGUGUUGAGCAAUGAACUAGAUUUAUCUGAUAUUUUAAUGUUUUUAAAUUCUAUACCCAGCUUGUGACAUCAUAAUUUGCAUAUCGAACACAUUGAAAUAUCUCAGAAACGAAGAAAUUAAGAUACAAAAGAUUUGUAAUAUAUGCACCAUUUGACUGGUUCUUUCAAAUGAAAGAAACUUCCAUUAUAAGAAAUGUUGUUUUGUUGCUCAUACCCUUUACAGUAAACUCAAGUUUUUAUAUGUGUAUACUUCCUCAUAUUUGAACUUAAUUAUUUUCAUGAAUACCUUUAAAAAAAGUGUGCAGAUUAAUGCAAUAAUUUCAUCUUAAAUACUAAGUAUUAAUAAUUUCAUCUAAAAUACUAAGUAUUAAUAAUUUCAUCUUAAAUACUAAGUAUUAAUAAUUCAUCUUAAAUAUUAAGUAUUAAUAAUUUAUCUUAAAUACUAAGUACACCUUGGGUCUUAAUCUUGGGUAUCCAGUUUAAAGGUACAACUAAAAUCUGAGGUCCAGUCAGGGUUUUCAGGAAUGUUGGUGUUUUGACCAUUUUACUUUGGUAUGCAGUAUUUAAGUAUAUUUUAUUGUUAAUAUAGGUUGAAAUACGGGUACAAGUGCCCUACAUUUAUCUAUGAUUAAGUAUCCAGGCAGACAGACGUAGCUUGGAAUAUUUAUUAUACUUAAACCGGGAUGGUAUUCGGGUAACCCCGGUUUCGGUGUACGUGUACGGGUAGCAUGAUUUUGGUUAGCAAUAUUUUCGUAGAUGUCUGUAGCUUUACUCGUAAUUAAGGUGCACAUUUUUCGCAUUAUAUCAUUGUCUAUUGCAAGAAAACAGAAAAAGUAUGAUCGAAUUACAGACAUCAGUAAAACAAGAUGACACUACUCGUACCCGUACACCGAAACCGGGGUAUCUUAAUUAACCUCUCUAAUAUCUCACCAUGGGAGGGCCACACUGCUAGUGAUGCAGCAUUCUGGGCUUCCCCUGUUAUCCUGCUAAUGUAUUUGAAUCGGGAAGAGAAUUUUAAGUUGGGUAAGUAUAGGUAUCCUGUACAGACGCGAUGUACGUAAAAAACUCAAGCUGUGGUUUUUCUUUCGUUUGUUUUGAGGGUUCUCUGGUUCAUACGGGUUUCCUUCCUCUGGGCUCGUCAAAGACAAAUUAAUAAAACACUUGGGGUUUUUUUAACACUUGUAUUACAAGCCUCUGAAUGCUUACGUCACACAAUUUUACUCUUCCAACGAAAUAAACACUAGAAGUAGAAACCCUUUGUUCUUUGGAGUACGGAACAAUAUCUCGAUCUCGUACUAGCACUAUGCAAUUCACUGCUGGGAAAAAAAUGAGAUUUAUACCAUAGAACAAUAACACCAGAAAACCGCGACGUUUUCAAGCGAAGCCAAUUCGUUGGGAGCUUAUAGCUUUCGGCUGCAAGUAUAAAGGAUAGGAUAAUUAGCACAGCCGCUUACCAUUCUGUUUUCUCGAGCGCGCGAUGCCCAAAUUCUCCAAUUAUCACCCCAUAAUUAAGUGUUUAUUGUUCUGUUACAAUACACUCAAUUUUUGCUACAAAAGAUUAGCAUGGCACACGUGAUAACAGUAUAAUGGACCUUUUAUGGUAUGCACGAUAGUGUAUGGUUCCAGCUAGGAAAUACUUCUAUAAGUAUGCACUUAAACGUCGAGAUGUUCUCCUCGAAACAGCAAUUGAAUAUUGUAAUGAGCCGAUCUGUUGAUAUUUAUCUAUAAUAGUUUGAUGUCUGUAAUAUAUAAUUAUAAAAUGUAAGUAUAGUAAUGUAUUUGGAUAGGUUAAACAUUUCUUAGCGAUGCCGAUGGUAGCCCUACAUUUACAAGAAUGUGUUAAUUAACGGAGUAUUUUAAUUUCAAAGCGAGCACCUGAGUGAGUCAAUAUUACACAACUCUCAUCGACAACCUACUUGAGUUUUCAAGACAAGACACGGCAACGAACAUCCUGUUUUUCAUUAUUUGAAUGUCGCUUUUUGAAUAUUGAAACUCUGCCCAGUCAAACCGGCUUUCUAGAACAUUCUAGUGUAUUCACUUUUAAAAGCAAGGGCCAAGGCUCAAAGAUGACUGCCAUAUUAUAUCCAUCACAUGAAUUAAAUAUCGUUUCACAAGGUCAAUAGUUUAUACAAAACUCACAAGAGUUUCAUUGAAGAUUGUUUGAAAAAUUAGCACAACUCGAAAUAUUGGCUUAUCAUCGUCGACAAGUGGUUAAAUUAUGUAUUGUGAUGUUGUAAACAGCGCUUGGAGGACAGCUAAACUUUUGUAAGAGCAUUAUUCAUUAACGUAUUUUUUUAUUUUUAUAUUGUGAAAUUCAUUGUGCGUCGUCUUUGCAUUACUCAUUAGACAACAUUACUCAUUUCCAGAUUAGUCAUUAGACAUUAGGCUGUUCUCAGCCCGAAAUAAGCGAAUUUUCGAAAUCAAUUUCAGAGAAGAAUGCUUUCUAUAAGUAUAAUGCGUUUUAUUAGCUUUUUGCACAAAUAGUGAAAUACGUCAUAAAAAAUUAGCUCUGUUAAAAUUUAAGAGCAAUAUGAAAUCUGCGUCAAUACACUUGUGUCUUAUUUAUCAUUUAAACACGAACCAGUAAUUGAGAAAUAGCAUACAAAAUAUUGUAGAAAUUUGCCUAGCUGAGUAUAAGCAUUGGACCGCAGACGAAAAAAAUGUUUAAAAAUAAAUUAUUUCUGCUUUGCAAGCCUCGGGAGAAAAGUUUUGUUUUGUUUUGUCAGUGAAAAGCAGGUUUUACACUCAAAGAAAAUAUAACCUUUAACAUAGAAAUAAACUAUUCGGUACUUAAUCGUGCAUUAUGCUAAAUUGUAGUGACCUACAGUGUUAUCAUCUUAUGAAAACAAUCUAAUUCUCCCCGUGUGAGGUUAAAUAAAUAACGUGACACGCACCAGUGUCAUGUUAUUUAUGUUUGCUGAUGUACUGAAUUGCUGAUCAGUUUGCGCAAAACUGGAAUAAUUAUAAUGCGCAUGUAACUAGUUAUGCCGUUAAAAUAGUCUUGAAAGAUGGCAAAUCUCCUACAUUUAAAUUUUAAUACUCUUGAAUUGUGGGCGUUUAAUCUUAAUGGGAUCCGCAACAAAUGCCACCUAGGUUUUAUCUCACGGGAGAUUUUUAACAGCGAGGAUUAUUGCAUCAUGCCAUUGACAUGAAUUCACAAUUUCGGUAAAGCCGUGUGUAAAGCCACCUUUGCAUGUGAGGACAUGCUGAGAUUAAAACAAAUUUAAAAUCCAGAUGUAAACACUGUCUACAUGCAGACGAAUUGCAGAAUUACUCCAGUGUUCCAUGCGCGAAUAAUUCCUUGGAAAACAGGCAGAAACUGUAAACAUCAUGCAAUACUGAGUAAAAUUCGAAAGACGCUAAUUGAACCUCGUUCCGCAUCCAGAUUUGAUUGCUCCGAAUUCCCUGUGAACAUGAGCAUUACAAGUCAAGGUACGGUGUUUUGGGAAGCCCCAUACAGACUGGUGGAUUUUCCUUGACAACUUUUAUUUGCUUGUGUGUACGGUAAAGUUAAUAAAGACGGCUGACAAUUCUUCCUUGCCAUGCAAGGAGCUUUGUUCCAAAACUAGUCAUGCCAGCCUUUGAACAAAGAAAAUUUGUUCGUGUUUACGGCUGCCAAGCGGGAAAACUUGACAGUGAUGUACAAGUGAAAUACUUCUACUGUUUUGGCAAGCAAAGCAUGGCGGCCUGAUCGUGAGAUAAAUGUUUAAUUUAACAAUAUUCCUGCACACGAGCUUGUCAAGGGAAACUUGUCACGGAAAACUUGUUGAAGGUACACACGAGAAAGUGAACUUGACGAGUCGUCCGCCUCGAGGGUAUUCACACCGUUUAAUACCAUAGAUAUUGAUCUAGUUAUAUAGAGAGCUCAGUGGCAUUCGGUCGCGCUACUUCAUCUGACAAUAGGCCUGAGUACUAGAUUUGAUAAUGGCCGCCGUCUCUACCCACAAAUGCCACAAACCGAUUAACUUUUCUUAAUCUCAAUUCCCAAAAUUGUUCGUUUAUUGAGCAAUAAUUCCAAUAACUAUAUUGCGCCACAACUCAUAACCGUCUUAUUACACGAGUCAUCUUAUUAAUACGCACAGAAGACAAAUUUUCCGCUUUCCUCCAAUAUUUUUCCUCGCUUUUAAUUAGCAAAAUAAACAAUGAAAUUGAAAAAUUAGUCGCUUUUUAAACUUGCACAGCCGUUUACAAUUUGAGUAUUAAAAUAGAUCAUAACAAGCUGCAUUUAACAAUAUAAAUUGCUGUCGUGGGCGAUUGUGUUAUAGACACGAUUCGCUUUGUUGCGUAUCUAAGUUAUAGCUGUCGACUGCGUUUCUUCGACUGUCAUCUCUUUCGACGUGUAAAACUAAGAAGGUUUUGUUAGAAUUAAAGGUAAAGUAAUGAAAGACAAUAGUAUUUUCGUAGGCAGACGAUUUGCGAUAAAACGAAUGAGAAAGUGUGUUUAGCCGGAUGAGAGUACGUGAUGAGAGUUGAGAAGCUAGAGUUUGCUGAUGAGAGUUUUCUCAACUUUCUUGGCCCGGCCAAACGAGAACAAGAGUUGCAUGAGAGUUGAUGAGAGUUGAGAAGCGAGAGUUUGCAUGCCAGAGUUUUCUCAACUCUCAUGCCCCGGUCAAACGAGAACAAGAGUUGCAUGAGAGUUGAUGAGAGUUGAGAAGCAAGAAUUUGCAUCUAGUCAACUCUCAUGCAACUCUUGUUCUCGUUUGACAGGGGCACGUGAGUUGAGAAAACUCAUAUGCAAACUCGCGCUUCUCAACUCUCAUAAACUCUAUUCCUAUAUACGAAUUCCCGGUGUGGAUACAUCUUGGGCAAAGAAAAGGCAGUAUGGUAAUUCGUAUGCGCAUAAACACAGGCAAACAGGUGCAUCGUUCAUUAUGGCGGACUAUCUACGCAGUUCGUUUAAUUACUGUGAACUUGCGUGGGUGGGUUUAUCUUGACAAAUGAUCCAUCUGUUUGCAUGCGUUUAUACACAUUUUUUUUCUAUUUUAUACGAUGAUGCGUCGUGUUGAGAAGCGAGAGUUUGCAUGAGAGUUUUCUCAACUCUCAUACCCCGGUCAAACGAAAACAAGAGUUGCAUGAGAGUUGAUGAGAGUUGAGAAGCGAGAGUUUGUAUGAGAGUUUUCUCAACUCUCAUGCCUCGGUCAAACGAAAACAAGAGUUGCAUGAGAGUUGAUGAGAGUUGAGAAGCGAGAGUUUGCAUGAGAGUUUUCUCAACUCUCAUGCCUCGGUCAAACGAGAACAAGAGUUGUAUGAGAGUUGAUGAGAGUUGAGAAGCGAGAGUUUGCAUGAGAGUUUUCUCCUGACUCUCAUGCCCCGGUCAAACGAGAACAAGAGUUGUAUGAGAGUUGAUGAGAGUUGAGAAGCGAGAGUUUGUAUGAGAGUUUUCCCAACUCUCAUGCCCCGGUCAAACGAGAACAAGAGUUGCAUAAGAGUUGAUGAGAGUUAAUUGAAUAGAUAUUAUACCGCACGCGUAGCGAAAACCGCUCUCAUCAACUCUCGUUAAAACUUGAACCAGUUGAAAUUGACGAGAGUCGAGGAGAGACCUUGGUUGGCUGUUCUUGAUGGCAUAAUGGCAUGCUUUCCCAAAACUAUCAUGUAUUCUAUUUAAGUUAAAACAUAGUUGGAACACUCAUCAAACCUUUGUUUUGUUAAUCUAGAGCUUGAAAUGUCCCCUGUGGCUGUGACAGUUUGUGACUUCCAACUCUUUCUCAACAAGUUCCAUCCUCAUUGAGUUUGUUUAUAAAGUGGUGAAAUCAAAUUUCAAAUUGACUGAAAAGGCUUGAGAACGACGCACAUGCAUCAUUGAAUAUGUCACUAUGUCGUAUUCUAAAAAAUCCUUUUUAAAUCAUUUCGUCUUUCCUUGCGCCAUAAAUGGCACGGUUACAUCAAUCGAGUUUUUCAAAAUGAUGAAUUAUUCAACUUUAUUAGUGAGAUUGUUAAUCUUUGUUUAGAAAUAAUCAAGAAAAGACGCCGAAGUGCCGAAAACGAAGAUUAUUACGUUCAUUUACUCUUGCUUCGAUUCCUUCAACAUUUGAGAAAACUAACAGGAUGUUUCAGUUGGCCAAAGCACCACUAAAAGUAAAGUUUCUUGUCUCGCCAAAAGGUAGGCUGGUGUCAUGAAUACUUGUCGUGUUGGACCUGUUUUAUAAGCGUUGCAAGGCAGCAGAUGGUUUUGAACUUCGGAACUAUUAAAUGGUUUGACACUGUUAUCGUUGCAAUAUUUAUUCGUUGUAUUAUGUCACACAUAUUUCUGGACUGGCCAUGCGAAGCUCACAGCUAUCAACAAUGGAUGUGUCCAGCUAUCGCAUAUAGACUAAAUUUUGAUCUAGGCAAGAAGAACAAAAUACAUCACCACAGCUAGAAAGAGCAUCUUAAAAUGAGUAAAAUUGCAAAGUUUGGUUGCGAAAUGUUGUAAAAUGUGGAAAAUAUAGCGCUGCGAAAUUUGCAAAUUUUGUAUUAAUUUGUAUUACGCACGGGAAAAUGCACCACUUUCGGCCCAAAUGUGAUGCAUUUUCCCGCGUGUCAUACAAAUUACUACUGCAAAAUUUGCAAAUUUCGCAGCGCUAUAUUUUCCGCAUUUUACAACAUUUCGCAACCAAACUUUGUAAUUUUACUAAUUUUAACAUGUUCUUUCUAGCUGUGGCGAUGGAUUUUGUUCCUCUUGCCCAGAUCAAAAUUUAGUCUUUAGCUGGAUUCAUACUUUGUAUUCCUGUAUCUGUAAUAUAUAUUGAUGAAGAGCUCGCUGCAUGUGUUUACUAGAAGCAUAUAUAAGUUUAUUUUUUCUGUAGGCCCUGUGAUUCCCAGGCCUUCAAAUAUCGAUCGGUCACGGACAUUGUCCGACCCAUUUGUAAAAUUGUCCGACUCGUAGAGGAGAAGCCACCUGACAUUCUGUCAGACCUAAGUGAAACUGAGGUUUAUUGUUUGUCCGAUCCGAGUGUAUUGGUGUCCGACCUAACUGUAACUUUGUCCGACGCAAAUCAAAAUUUACCCUAGUCCAGGACUAGAGGCUCGUACGUUAAAUGGAGAAUCAGAGUAAUCAGUGUAAAAAGUAAACCGGAAAUGCUGUUUUAAUGUAAUUGAGAGCGCGGGGCGGCGAGCGAAAUGGAGAACGGGCUUAUAGUUGUCGACGUCUACUACUACUGUUAUUGGCAAGCAAGUUACUGUUUGGCUUGGAAAUAUAAGUAUGAAUGACACAAAUGAUUUAAUAUCUUCUUCACAACACUUAGUUCAAAAUUAAUACAUUGUACUGAUAUUAAUUUGUGCAUGUCAUUCAGACUUAUUUCCGAGCCAAACUGAACUGAAGGACAUCGGACAUCAUCAUACAUAUAUCCGAGCCAAACUCAAAGUCAUCGGACGUUUUGUCAGACGACCCUGUAAAAGAAUACAUGAAUAGAUAUUUUAACGCCUGGGAUUCCGGCGCAGCGCUCUAACCGACUAAGCUAUUCCUUGCUUGCUGCCCAAGACCGCAGAUUCGAUUUAUAAAGAGCUCACGCUGUGUUUACUAUAUGCAUAUAUGUUUAUUAUGCGACAUUGAUGUAUAUGCGGACGCCUGUUUAUUGACAUGCAAAUAGUGCUGUUUUUCUUCCAUAUCAAUUAGAGUUAAAUUAACAAAUGAAUACUGACGACAGAUGCGUCUGAAGUUUAGUAGUCUACGUACGUACAUGCGUAUAGAACUAUAAGCUUUUAGUAUUUUUACACAAGAAAUCCGACGUGGCGAUUGGUAAAAUUUGACGUGAUAUUCCAUUAUAUUCAUCCACCGGUGAAUAUAACAGUAAAAACUAAUUUACAAAAUGGCGACUAGCCGUUUUGUGGAAAUCACAGACAAAGAAAUAAGCGAAAUUAAAAUGAAUUCAAUAAAAAACCCCCACAAAAGACUUGUACAAAAAUACUAAAACAAUUAUUCGCCUCAGGCUCGUCUCGGUGAAUAUUUCCCGAUAAUCACCUCGCCUUCGGCGAAUAAUUGUUAAAUAUCAGGCAUUGCAGGCAUCGCCUUUAGAUUGGCGGGCAGAAUUUGAUCGCGAGCAAAAAUCACCGACUUUCUUAACCCAAGGUGAUCCAAUCUGGGGUAAAAAAGUCGCAUGAAAUGAACUAGGCUAUUUCACAUGUUCCAAUUCCACAUAAAACCACUCGCCAUUAUUUCGCAGGUGCAGCUUGGUUUCUUGAAGAAGAUAUAGAACGACGGACAUCAAUUGGUUGCGGUGACACUCAGACGGACAGCACACCAUUCAGUUAUAAUUCUUCACAGACAUACUACUCUUCAGCGCCAUGUUCCCCGAGCACCGACGCAUUGGUAAGUUUUUCUGAGUUUUGUUUUCAUUGCUUUGUUAAUCGCCAGGGUUUUGUUAGCUGCUAGGGCGUAGACAGCGACUAUAAUUUUCACCUGAGAUUGGUAAUGAAUUUCCAGAGACAAAAUGGAAAAUCCAGUUGAUCUCAUAUUAUACACUGGAUGGAGAACUGCAAAAUAUAGCUCAUUUGGUAUGCAGAUAAAUAUCUUUGGGUAAACUACUUUUCAUGAAGUCCUGAGCAUUUUCAAAAACUAUAUACCAACAUACUGUAGUUUUAUUUUGAAGUUAUACCAUCUUUGUCCCCUUGCUGUGACUAUGUAUGCGAUUCAAUAUUAUAUAAUACCUUAUUGAAUUCUGAUCGUUUAAUUGGCUGUUUAUGGUCACGUGAUAUUGAAUAGAAAAUUCCAUUUCCCAAGAGUGCAAUGGAAUACGUUCCAUUGCACUCUUGCGAGUGCAAUUGUACUAUACGUUUUGUUCCAUUGCACUCUUUGUGUUUUCGAUAAAUCGCAUCCGUCAGAAUGCUUCUCGUACGGUGAUCGCAGUUUAUUUUAACCCGAUAUUCGAAACUCAGUAAAUGGGAUUUAAUGCAAAUACGACUCGUCAAAAUGGCGAAAGCUUACAGUAAACCUUUUAAUAUUAGUCUAUUUUGGUAUUAUAUAAAACAAAUAAUGAAUGUUAUUAUUCGUGCAAUGGUAAGAAUAUUUUCAUUCGGUGAAAGAUGGAAUGUUCCAUUCAACUCGGCUGUCGCCUCGUUGAAUGGAAUAUUCCAUCUUUCACCUCAUGAAAAUAUUCUUACCAUUGCACUCAUAAACAUUCAUUAUUUGUAUACUAUACACCGCACAUAGUAAAUUGCCUAGUUCCAUCAGCCCCGGCGACCAAACGCUCCAUCGGACCUAGAAAAUAUAUUCUCUUUUUGGCAGCAAAAUUCCAAAAUAAAAAUUUCCUGUGUAAGUCAAAUAUAAAACCUGAAUAUGUAGAUUUCAGAGAACGUAUGGCGCCGCACAUUAUGAUAAACUGCAAUUUCGGCACAAGACAAUCUCGAAUUGCAAAACGCUUUUGUGAAACAAGUAAAUUAUAUAUGGCGUUCCAGUAUAUAAGAUCAUGACAAAAAAUUCUUGCAAGAUGUAAGAGAAUUUCCUGCGAAGAUAUUUUGUUAAAAAAUUCUCCAUUUAAUAAAGUGGUACUUGCGUCAACCGCUUAAUGGAGGUGGGGGGAGGGGGGGGGGAUGCCCACUUAAGGGAGGUCGUAAAUAUAGUGAUAUAGAAUAGAAUAGAAUUGAUUUGCACUCAAAAAGUGAUAUAAUAGAUGUUUGACUCAGAGAGGUAAUUGAGGUAUUGGAUGGUAUCCAUCUCAGAGAGGUGUCAAUGAGGAGAGGCUUGACUCUAGUUUUAUAUCGCUAAUUGUGUCAUUUCUUACGUAAGUUUCACAAUAGUUUAUCUAGACUAGAAGCACAUGUAUCGAAAUUGUGACAUGAUAACGAGAUCUUAGGCAGGGGUAAAAUUUGGAACUCGCGAUAACAGCCUAUGAUUGAGCUCAGUAUUAUGGUCAUAAAGUAGAACUAUACGAUAGGUGGUGAUCAUGCUAAACGCUUGGGCUGUCAUCUGUCUCUAUAUAUAUUUCAAAUGACUGUAAGGGCCCUUCGGUGGCGCAGUUCUCAGAGUAAGCGCCUUUCACCUCUGAGUUCGUGGUUCGAUUCUCGCUACGGACUCGUGUGAAAACAGAAAAAGAGUCAGUCAACGCUCUGCCGAAAGUCGUGGGUUUUCUCCGGCGCUCCGGUUUCCUCCCACAGGGAAAGUUGACAGGGUGGGUUAGGAUAAACACAGUUAGGAAAGUAAUAUCACAAUUGUUGUAAAGAAUCUGUUUUUACACGUGGUCUGAAUUGAUCAAUUUACUUCUAAUUGUCAUGUCACCCUUGGGUGCGCACCGCUAUGAACUUGCAUAUAACCCUUGCUCCACCCACCCAAUCUUCCUUCGCGACUUCACUCAAAUUAUUUCAGUCCACGUUCGAGGAUCAUCCACGUUAUAAUUUGUAUCUAAUGCGGUAUAGUAAGAUUUAAUUAAGUAUGUGAAAGUGAAUAUAGCACGAAUAUAAAACACUUAUGACCAGUAGAGUCAAGAGAAUGCUGUAAGAACAAUUCAGUUCUAAUCUCUAUCAAAGACAUUAGCAACAAGUAAAUGCAUAUAAUACAUUAUUAUUCUGUUGCAUCUUCAAACUGUCAUUUACUGUCGUUCCAAUUGAAGUGUUCCUCAAAUAUUGAUUCAAUACAUUGCCUCGGGCUGACCAAUUCAUUUGAUCAAGUUCCUCGAGAUAUUCAUACACUUCCUAGUAUAAUUAUAAACUUCCUGUUGAAUAGUUUGAAUGCACCAAUCACCUUUGUUGUUUGUGCAACUAACCAAUCAUAAAUAGAAAGGAAGUGACCAGAAAUUAUCAAAUUCUUGGAAUUGGUUCUUUCACAGGAAGUGUAUGAAUAUCUCGAGGAACUUGAUCAAAUGAAUUGGUCAGCCCGAGGCAAUGUAUUGAAUCAAUAUUUGAGGAACACUUCAAUUGGCACGACAGUAAAGACAAAAAAAAAUGCCGCUGAACUGCUGCCGAACUUGGAAAUAACUUGCCGAAAUUUUGCAUAACAUAUUUAUUUUUCAUCAGUAGCUAAACAAAGAAUCUGUUUUGACACGUGGUCUCAAUUGGUCAAUUUACACCUAAUUGUUUAUAUUAUGCAAGCGAAUUUUGUCAAUUGUUUAUGCAUGUCGACUUCUUCCCUUGGGGAUGCACACCCCUGUGACUUUGCAUACCCCUUGCUCCACCCACGUUGACAAUCUUCCUUCGCGACUUCACUCAGUUUAACUGUCUGCGAAUGUAGUUACAGAUAAAGUAAUCCAACAAUCUGAGUGGUGUACUCUUUGAAAGGCAAUAAAAUAUCUCUCAAUCGUACAGUAAUCUGAUUUACUGAUAACUGUUAGACCUCUAUGGCACACGAUGACAUAUUUGAAAUCUAUUGCCUGUGAAGACAUUGUAAAUUUGAUCUAUUGCAGUGCUGUUUACAUAGCUACAGACGCUUGCGUGACCUGCACCUUUCUAUUAAGGCAUACAUUUAGUCUGACACGCGCAAAACGUUUAUGAUAUCAAUCGCAGAUAAGUUGGGAAUUCGUAUGUUAUAAAACCAUUAAAUGCCUCGACUCUUUGUUGUUUGGAGCUAAGACAGAGCAGGAGGUCAGAAGCUAUUGUGUUCUCGUGUGAUGGUUGAAUAGGGCUGUUUUCAAACUGAAGCGCUUGUACAAAACAUUCUGGUAUGCUAAGGUAAAUACAGCAUUUUGUUUGGGAUCAGUAUAGCAAAGUGAUUUAUACCUAAUUAACAUAUCCUGCGCUGGAUGAAGGGAAAGUGAUUUUGCCAUAAUUCUAACUUGCUGUCAGAAGGGCUAAAUGACGAAAUCGUUGUUGCGCAUGCGGUUUUGAUCUUAUACAGGGUGUAUCAAAAUAAACGCAAUUCAUCUUUUGUGCUUAAUAACUUUCGAAAUACUAUUUCUCGUUAAACGCUUUUAGGCUUACUUCAAAGCCUGUUCUUUUCUCUUUCAAACAAACUAUUAUCCUUGUCUCCAAUGCUAGUAAUAAUGUGCUAGUAACAAUGUGCGAGAUUUCACAAGAUUCUUGCUACAAAGCUGGCAGCCAAAUUUGGCAAACCAUACUCAAUAACUAUGUCUUGGCUACGUACGAAACUCUCUUUUUGUCUGCUGAGAUCUUCCCUUCUAUGUUUGAGGGGCACUAUAGAGUUCCUUUUUAUAUAAAUAAUACUAGUUUGUUUGACACUUUGUACUAACUUGAACCUUUUUAAACGAAUUGCUUUAAUGGGUUUUAUAUAUUUUUAAUGUAUCUAGCUAUGCUCAAUCUAUGAAUAAAUCUUUUCAGAAUGCUAGUAAUAAUUGCACAGGAAAAGAUUUAGUAAAACCUAUCAUUUUUAGUUGCUGUUUAAUUAUGCAAGUUUACUAUGUUAUUUAGUCGGUUUAAAUGUUAGAAUUUUCUUCUUUAAAUUUUAAUGUUGUCGUCACUACAUCUGGAAAACCACGUAAGAACAAAUUAAAAGUAUUCUAAAAGAGACCAGGUUGUUUGAAAAUCCUAAACGAAUGCUAAAAAUCGUCAAAACAUUCUGGUGUCUGAGCCAGAGUGUCAUCGAAUUGCGAUGUGAUGUAAACAGAAAUUAUAGCAAGUUGAUGUCAGUCAGCUUAGAUGGUCCAAGCCAAAAUUAUAUCGCAUUUGAAGUUUCAAACUGAGUUAAAAAUAGCGGAAAAAAAGCCGUAAUUAUACUUAUUGUUACAAUCCAUUUAAUAAAAUGCAACAUUUUUUGUUUUAAUGAAAAAAUCAGUUAUUUUCAUGAGAACGAUUUGUUAUUCCAUCUCACUUUUUUUAAUCUCCAAUCGCAAUAACGUAAAGUAUUAUUACCCGCGAACCAAUGAGUCAAAUUUAAGAAACAACCCACUGUUAAAAAGCUGAAUGGCUACGCUUUAAAAUGAAUGUAAACUUUAACGUUUUCGUCUAUUAUUUGUUUAGCAAUUUACAUUUCAGUCGAGGAUUGCGCUUUUUUUUAUACACCCUGUAGUGUCUCAUGGACUUCAAAAAUCAUAAGCAUUGUGGAUCCGGUAUCUUUCUUACUGGACAUCUAGGGAGAACUGUUUAGACCUAAUAGAGCUAUCCAGUUAAUAAAUAAAGUUAAUUAAUUUCAGUUUCAUGCUGUAGUAAUAAUGAAGAACCAAGAGAUGAUCUUUUAAAUACUUUACUAACUGAUAAAGCUAUCCAGUAUUAAUUAGAAAUAAAGUUAGUUUAAUUUAUAUCUUUAAAGAAGGAAGUGUCUUAAAACGCGACGCGACAGGGGUGUGUCUAUAUAUAAUUGUAUAUUGCGGAUUUAGGAAACUUUUAGAAAUCGUUUCCUGUAUUUUAUAAACCGCGAGUGUCUGGUACGUUUCCUAGCAAUCGUAGAAAUAUGGAAUGCUAAGGAUUGCAUUUCAGUGUCAUCCCUAUUUUAAAACUUGGAAAGAUGAGCGAUCUCUUGAUCCUAAGGAGAAACUCCUUAUUUGUCAUUUGAGACAUGUAACAUACAUACUGAGUCAAGUAUACUAUGUUGUCGAAUACGUAAUGGCGUAAUGUACAGUCAAAGUCAUUCGUUCCAUUACGUACUUUUGAGGCGCACUUGAAAAAGGCAAAUUCAGCAUGCACGGGUUAUAUCAGAUAUACAAACUCGAGCCAAACGCGAGAGGUUGUAUGUCUGAUACAACACUACAUGGACAUAGCGAAGCGUUUGAAGUUAGGGGGGGGGGGGUGUUGGAGGAUUUUACCUGAAAUUUGAACUUAAUGUUAGAAAAUUACCUGAAGUGUAAUAAUUAUAAUAGAGCUUUUUCUGAUUGAUUUCCACUGUCAUACUAUGUUUUCGAAGAAAAGGGGGUCUGAGAAAAUUUUAAAAUUUUUGAAGCUCCAGGACUGCAUUUCUGGCAUUUUCUAAAGCAAAUUCGCAAACGAAUUGGAUGUAAAUUGACUGUAUUUUACAAAAAUGAUUAUCAUUUCACAAAAAUAACGACUUUAUUACGCAAAUUUUACCUGAAAAUGUCAAAAAUUUUAACUUGUAUUUUACCUGAUUUUUACCUGAGUUUCACAGUGGGGGGAGGAAUUACACAUUUCGACAGUUGUGUUUUAAGAAAUUAUUGAUGAUUUUAAAUGAGAAAGUAGAAGAAAAAAUUAUGCAAGUCAGGAGAAUUUUGUAUAUGUGAUAGUGGUGAUACAACACCUCAUUAAUUAAACAUUGAUUUCUUUUACAUUUUGAAUUUUCUUUAUUGAUUAUUAAUGUGUUUUACAUAAUAUUUAUGAUACAAGCUUCAAGACACUCGUUUCAUUCCAUUUUACUAAAUAUGAAAAUAAACUUACAAAGAUAUUCAGUAAUCUGGAUCAUGUCAUCCAACCCUCUUCAAAUCAAAGGUCAUAAACUCAUAAUGCUUUCGUGAUAUUUUGUAACAUGAUCUUCGUUUACUAAACGUCUUUAUCUCGAUAGUGUAAAAGGAAAUUGCUUUUGAAGAUUUUCAACGCCCAGCCUCGUUGAAAGUCAGGAGACGCAAAUAUAACACGCAAUCAUAUGAAAUUGAUUUGUUUAUUAGAUUAAAGAUUUAGUCGAAUUAAAAGAACAAAUGAUGAAUCAUUUAUACAAGAUGUAACGUAGUAAAUGGUUAGGAAGUUCUUUAUUUCGACCGCGCUUUGAUUCGAAUUCGACGCCACACAAGUCGAAUACGAGCGCGAAAGGCUGCUGGGAACCGCUUUGAAAAUUCAUUAAUUUGCAGCCUUUCGCGUUCGUAUUCGACUUUUCCGCUUUGCUCGUGGACAACCUUAAAGAAAGCGCCAUGUGUAAAUGCCAUUUCCUGCACUUUCUGGAUUGCGGUAAAAAAUGAACGAAUUCGAUCUGUUUUAAAGAUGAUUUGAAUUCACAUUUUUCACCUUUGGGAUUUAAAUGUUCUUCCAAAUUUCGAACAUUUGUCCGAAUGCUUGUUGCGCAUUUGGAAAACGUAUGCCAUUGUGAGUCUGCAAGCUUCCAGAAUGUGAUUUCGACCGGCAUUUUAAACCGAAUCGAAUUUGGCUAUUUUUAAUCGCAAUGAUAUGCAAGAAAGGUAGAGCAUUCGACAGCUGAUAGCCUGAUCUUUAUAUGUAUGAAAAAAGCCAAUACAAUACUAAUGGUGUAAGAUUAUACCCCAUAGUUUUUUACCAAAGAUUGUAGAUUUAAAAAGCGCAUCAGCUUUCAAACAAUUUGCCUCUGAUAUAACCUUACCUAACCUUUGUUUUCUGUCAUCACUAAAUAUAAUCUACUUGAGCGCAUUAGGUUCAAGAAAUUUUGAAUUCUAAACAGAAUUUGUUAAUUGAUUAAACCAGUAAGCCGCAGUUGACAUGUUUACUCUUGUAAGUUUUGGGAGUGCCAUGGAAUUUGUCGACUCUUGUGUUAUGAAAGUGAGACCGCUGCUGGUGUCUUGUUUCAUUUUGGCAAUUGUAUAAUUAAAAGUUGUUUGAGUUUAUUAUAACAAACCGCGUGUCGUACACAUGGUCGAAUGUUCUUGGUUGUGUUAAAAUUACGAUAUGCCUUUCUUGAACGAUGUCUUGGACCUAUCAGCGACUGUCAAGUAUUUCACAAAGCAGGUAGAUAAAACUAGGCGUUGUUGUAGAAAUUUUAGUAUUGAUAAGAACAGUAUAUCCAGCCGACAAUAAAUUAUUUGUGACACAGGUUUGAUGAAAACCACAAUGCCCACAUAUAAUUCAAUUUAAUCGUGUGUUUGAUAAGUUCUCGGCGCGCAAACCUGCCACAACUUUGCGCAAACCUGCCACAACUUUGCGCUCAGCGACAGUGCGUUAGUUAUGUAUGAGAAUUAUGUAUAAGAAUCAUUCACUCGUGUGGAUAAUUAUCAUAAUUCCAAAGCUUAGUUAAGUAAUAUUUCAAAUCCGACAAUGACGACUGGACCAGAUUUCAAGUACGCGCAAUUUGAUCAAGUCCGAGACGAAGCCUGAAUCAACCAGUCCGAAUUGGAGGAUUUGAAAUGACAUCUCAUAGGAAUAAAUCACUACUUAAAGUGAUGUGAAUUAAUUGCAUUUUAUCAUGUGAGCAGAAUAAAGCAAUAUGGUUGGCUAACUUAUUAGUGGCAUGCAUUAUUAGUGAGUUUUGAGAUCUUUAGUUUAAUACUUAGUUUGUUCUGUAGAGCGUUUGCACAUGACGUCACAGCCGCCAUGUACCAGUUCCAAUUCAAAGGAAUUUUAAUUAGACUCUUUUGUCAGGAAUACCAACGUGCCGCCAUGGCUUCUGUUGACUUGGUCCCUGGCGAAUGAGUGCAAACGCUCUAUUUUAUGUUUCUGUAAGCUAGAAUAAUAGUAACUAGGCAUGUGAGUUAUCUCAGUAAAGUUAUGAAUUUGGUAUAACCAAACUUUGGCCAAAUUUCUCUAUUGAAUAUUGUGCUAGACAUAUAUUAUUCAGCUCACUCUCCAACCGGGCUUUUCAGUGACCGAUUACAUCAAGUAUUACGCUUACUUGUAUUGUCUACUCAGUCUACACAGGAAAAAACGCGGCCUGGAAAAGUUACAUUGUUCUGCUGAACAAUGCUGAACAAUAUUGUUCAUAACGACCAGGAACAAUAUGGGCAGCAAAAUAUUGUUCAGGCCUGUUUUCAACAACAUUGUCACAGGCUGGGCGUUCUUUGCAGUCUAGACUAAUUAUCUUUACAACAAUUGUGAUAUUACUUUCCUAACUAUGUUUAUCCUAACCCACCCUGACAACUUUCCCUGUGGGAGGAAACCGGAACACCCGGAGAAAACCCACGACUUUCGGCAGAGCGUUGACUGACUCUUUUCACAUGAGUCCGUAGCGAGAAUUGAGCCCACGAUCUCAGAGGUGAAAGGCGCUUGCUCUAACGACUGGCGUACUGCGCCAUCGAGACUAUCGAGUCAACGUGUAUUCGUAGCGAGUCAUUGGCGAAUUUAAGUGCACGAACUAUUUUCAUGACGACUUAACGCUUGUCUAUGAAAUUCCUGAGCUUAUAACUUGAGCCGUUUCCCUAAAAUAAACGCAUUUCCCGUAUAUCUAAUAUUUUGGCAGACAUUUUCCCCGCCAUUUUCGUAGACUCGCGCAUGCGCUUGACGUUUGACCGCGGUGUUCAAUGAACCAACUCCGGGAACUUCGAAUUUUUCCCCACAGGAUGGGUUACUGUUAGGCCUAUUAAAUUGAGGAAAGUUAUAUCAAUAUACUAAUGAUUAAGCUAGGCAGUAUGUAAUGUGAGUAAGCGAUUGAAAAAUAAUCACUGAAUAGCCAAGUAAUACCUGUAAUAUGUUAUUUUCCAAGAAACAGCGCGUACAUUGCCGUCCGCUUCGAGUAAUAGGGUAGUACGUCACUGUGGUAACCGAUUAGUCGGUCCGUGUUUCAAUCCCAUCCGCUUUUUGAGACUAUUUCAGGUUGGGCUAAGAUUUUAUUCCGCUUCGAGCUGACGUUUCACAAACACAGUUUGGGAUGAAAUUUACCAUUGUAUAAUAGACAAAUUGUGAAACAAUUUCAGUUCGUGAAAUUUUCCCUGGGCUGAAAAGUCUUCCCCCAAAAGAUAUAUUAACACGAUAAAGGCAAACUAAAUACUCGCUAUAACAUCCUGUUAUCUUUAAUUUGGCCACAAGCUAUUCAAAAUCUUUACAAAGGCAUUUAAUGACAGCACAAACACAAACGAAAAACGAAUUGCUCUGCCUAGAACUUUCAUUUUAUUUAUAAUUCGACCACAAGCUAUUCAAUUUCUUCAAAGAUUUCGACAUUUCGUCGUCAUUGUGACGUACAAGUGGAUUUAACGCCCAGGUGCUUUUCAAGUACCUUCAUAUUUGAAAACUAUAAGUGUAUUAUUAUACCCGACCACCUGUGUGUAGCCCGCUUACAUUGUCGCUUUUGCAAGGCUUUAUUCUUUUGUAUCUAUUGAGCUAGACAACGAAUGUCUGCUCUUGGAUAAAUUCUGUGUCGGCUGCGUGGUUGGACAAUAACGAGGAGCCAUGAAAAGCCCCGAAGACAGCAGGAUUUUGCCAUGGUGGUUUGCCAAUUUACAGCGAACGCUAGAGCCGAAUUUUACAUGCUCAACACUUGACAGGGUAAGACAUUUGUGUUUUGAAAUUAUGGGAGGAAUUUCUUUUUGUGCUCAUUUUUGCGGCCAGGUUGCCCUUUAUUGUUUUAAAAAUAGUGAGUGAUAUUUGAAUAGGCUUUCUGCCGUUAAUUGCAUCGCAAAACAAGCGGCUUUUAAGCGAAGUUUGCUGAUUGUCUUGUGUUUAUAUUGUGAAUAUAAUUAUUAAUAUAUGGCCGUAUAAUAUAAUUGUCUUGUCAUAUUUAAACAUUUCAAAGCAGUUUUAACUUUAAACCAAAUAGUAUCAUACUUUUUAAAGUAAGUAGCGGUUAUAAAAGGCAUUGCGGUUUAUUUUGGUCGUAAAUGUUGUUAUCUAUACUGAAUUGUUGAGUUGUAUUUUAAAUAUAAUGCACUAAUGGCCAUAUAAUAUAAUUAAUAUAUGAUAUUUAGGUUCUAUUAUCACUAUAGAAUGAUAUACAGUUAUUUUUAUGGACUGGAUUAAUAAAUAGAAUUAGCUAUCGUGGUUUGUGUGAGCUACCUGAAGAAGAUUAAUUAAAGACACGAAGUACUUUGUCAGCAGUUCCUUAGUACCGGCAGCCCUUCGUCAGCUAGCGGUUGAAAGUGGCCAUUGAUCUCCUGAGAAAAUGGCCUUUGCUCAUAUAAAUGUCGAAGUCGGUGUUUUUAAUUAAUCUUUUUCAGCCGGUAGUUCAGACACAAACCACGACAGCUUAUUGUAGAAUACUACCUACACUGGACCACCACGUUUGAGAUAUCUUCUUCAGGUAGUUCAGCAACAAACCAUGGACCACCACGUUUGAGAUAUCUUCUUCAUGAAGUAUAUAGUUCAGAACUUAACAAACCAUGGCAGCUUAUUGAAGAAUACUAUACCUACACUGGACCACCACGUUUGAGAUAUCUUCUUCAGGUAGUUCAGACACAAAACCACGACGCUUAUUGAAGAAUACUAUACCUACACUGGACCUCUACGUUCGAGAUAUCUUCAAUUUCAGGUAUGAGCUCAGGCACAAACCAUGGCAGCUUAUUGUACUGUAGAAUACUACCAACAUUGCGCCGCCACGUUUGAGAUAUCUUUUUCAGCUAGUAGUUCAAACACAAACCACGACAGCUUAUUGAAUAUUGAAGAAUGUACUACCUACACUCAGGACCCUUACCGGCCUUACGUUUGAGAUCUUCAAUUUCAGGCAGCUCAGACACGACACACAGAAGCUUUAUAUUGUAGAAUACUAUUACACAUGAGAAAUGGGUUGGCGUGUUUUUUACCGAAACAUACCAAAAUAUGCAUUAUAGCAUUCAUGUAUAUAUAUAUUUUAAUGAAAUGCAUUAUGAUUAUAUAUAAUUUAACAUGCCGAACUCUUUUACGAGUCCAACAUUGUAUUUCUUUGUAUAUUGGAAACCCAAAUUGAGAUAAGUCAAAUAAAGUAUAGUUAUAUUCGUUUUUAGGGGAAAAACAUAAAUUCCAACUGCUAAGACUAACUACAGCGUUAAUAAUCAUUAUCGUAUCUGUAAAUAAUUUCGUAAUUUUUGGAAUGUCGUCAUUUAGCAAGUGGCUUUUCCACAACAGGUAUAUAUAAUAUCGAAAAUAGACAGAUAGCAUUAGAAUAACAAUAUAAUUACAGAAUACAAUCCCAACAAAAUAUUUUAGUUGUAUUUUAUUUGAUAAAGCACACAAUUUAAGCCGAUUCAUAUAUUUUAGUGAGACCAAUUUUAGAGGAAUUUUAUAAUUACUGUAUAUAUAUUAUAUUUCUAAUUAUGGAGAAUGUUUGCGGUAUAUACGUGAGGGCGUUAUUGUUUAACCAUGAACAAUCGUCAAUCUGGCGAAAUUUUACCUUUGGGCCAAGAUUUUGCAAGAUGCGUAGGCAUGCAUGCAUAGGCCAUAGUUUACAUAAUGUAUAUUUCAGGUCUAAGAUAAAAACUCUAUAUAAUUAACGUUAUAAUGUAUAUAUUUAGCUUCGACAAUAAUUUUGUUACUGCACGGAACUGUACUAGGAAAGAUUCUGUCGGAUCUCUGUCUUGUACCCAGGCGCUAUGUGCAUGUUGUUCUAUGGCGGCUAGUCGGAUCAAGAAUUUUGCAAAAAUUUGUAAGAAACAUUUGAGGGAACUUGCUAUAUGUUCAAUACGCCAUUAACUUUGUUUCUCAACAAAACCAACGUACGUAGUUAAACUUGCAUGGGUAGCUGUAUCAGUUCUAAGCUGUUCUUCCUGGAGCCUCGUAGAAUUAGGGCAACCCUGUCCUGUUUGCCACCCAAAAAUGGCGAACAACUCCUGUUUACAUUAUAUACAUGCUUGAGAAAGGCUAACAGAAUUAUUAGCAUUACCGGAUGGAAAUCAUAUAAUAUAAUUUCUCAACAUUCUGGAUUUUAUUUUCCAAAAAAAAACUAUGCUAUAUACAAAGCCGGAAUGAACUCGUUAGCCUGAAUUAAUUCUGUUGUUUUUGUGUGUUUCCGUUGCUAUGCCUUGUGUAAGGUUUUUGCAAUAAUUUGCUGGUCAUUAAACUUUUUUUUCUAAUUUUAAUACAAUUGCUGCCAAUAUAUAUCGACAUUAUCAAUAAUAACUACUGAGUAGCCAAUAUCGUGCAAAACAAUACCUCAUUAAUACAUUAUACACGGGGGCUGUCACUGUGGACAAGUAUUUACUGUUAGCAAGUGCGUGAAUAAAUUUUAUAGUUAUUUUUAUAGGCAUGUUUACACUGUCAAAGUUUCUGUGAUCACAUGCAGGAGGCUGAAUUUUGCAUAGCCGCCAUAGGUAUAUAUAAAAUUCUAAGUUUUGAAGGAUUUGUAAGAAAUGUUGGAGGGUAUACUGAGACAGUGUUGAACAAUUGAGUCGUUUCCCUCAAAAUCCUUCAAAACUUAGCCAUGCAAAAUUCCUACUGUAUAAUCACGAUAUUCGUCGAUAGUCAUGUAAACUAGUCUGAUGUUUAUAGCGCUAGUAUAUAUCACAUGAUUUUGGGUUUGAACGCGAUAUUUCAUGCCACUUGACCUUGUUAUUGAAAAUGUAAGGAUGCUGACGCUGCAUAAUUAAACAGGUUCUGAUGCAUGUGAACGAAUACGUAAAAACGCACAAAAAAGGUUGUUACAUGCAGGUCUGCAAACAAAGUUGUUACAAAUAUCUGUUCACAAGCUGUUGACAAGUUGUGUUCGCACUGCUUGUUCCCAGGCUGUUGACAACUUGUAACAAGCUUGAUGGCAUUAUCAGAUUUGUUGCAAGGUUGCUCUAACAAGUUUGAUACAGUCUGAUAUAACAAGAAUGUUACAAGGUUGACGACGCAAGGUUGUAACAAUAUUGUUAUGUCAUAACUGUGUUAGACUUGUUGGAACAACUUUGCAACAAGUCUGAUAGUAUCAACAAGGUUGUUACAAGUUGUUAACAGCUUGUUCCAAACUUGUUGACAACUUGGGACAAGCAGUGCGAACACAACUUGUUGACGGCUUGUUGGCAGACUUAUACAAGAUGUGAGAUUUUUACGCGUGUAGAUGAGUUACGAAUGUUCUGUGUAUUUGCAAGUCUAGUUCUGCAAGUCUGGGCCUUUACAGAUGUUCCAGGCAAAGGGCCUUUGUCUCGAAGUUUAUAUAGUUGCCAAACGAAGGCACUUCAUUCGAUGUUCUUGGCGAACAGGUUUUCAACGAUGGGACUUGAUUUGCUAAUUGCACGUGCAGAGUGCGAACGUACAGGAAAUUUUCUUCCCACUCAAAUUACUCUUCUUUGUUGACCCAUACAGACGAGUUAAAAAUUUGUACCGUCAAUUUUUUCUAUGGCAAAUGCCCUUGUUUAGUAGCUGCUAGUUUAGUACUUGUCUUAGAAAACUUCGCAAAUUUGAUUGUUUUGACGAAUCGUCAUAUGAAAACUUUUCAGAGAAAACUUGCUCGCCUGCAACCGGCUUAAUGAUAUACUUCAAAAAUUGCUCAAUUCUGAUUGGCUUCUGAUUGGCUUAGAGCAGUGCAAUAUUCAACCUCGUACCCAGGGCCUUUGCCUCUGAACCGCGCAAAGGCCCUGGGUACGAGGUUGUGGCAAUCUUCUCGCAACACAGUGCCAAAAAAUGAAAUACAAUGCAAAAAAAGAAAUACAGUGCUAAUUUAAUUCACUAUUUAGGCUUUCUAAUUGGCUUUCUAAUUUAGGCUUUCUAAUUGGCGAUUAAUCGCAGGGCCGUAGGUUCAAUUCCUACCAGAGGACCUUGUGCUGCAUUUUUCGCAGUCGUUCCUGGUCUUAAAAUGUAUAUAUACUCAAUUGGAUUACAAACCCUAACAUUCUAAUAUUACAAAAUGAAACAAUAACAAAGAUAGCCAAUAAGAUGCAGCAAUUUUCAGCAGAAAUAAUUAAAAAAAAACAUAAAUUUUUUCCAUGUAAUUUAUCGUAUGGUUUCUCGUGCAAUUUGAAAAAUACCAUGCGUCAAGCUGAUUUUCCUUCAUAAUAUUUUCUUUCUGAAUUAUACCAGCUAUGCUCAUAUAUUUUACAAACUACUCUAGGCUGCAUUUAAAAAUUUUCCCUGAUGAGUAUAAAAUCGCUUGGUAUUAUAGAAAGUACAAUAAUACAGUAAGGCGCAUUAGGGCGGAUUGCGGCUGAGCGGGUUAACGAGAAAUAUUAGCAGAUGGUUUAGUUAGCCCAUACGUUCAACGUAGAUUGGAGAAACCAACAAAGUAUGGAGCAUCUGGGCACAUUGCAGCUUAAUUGGUUAACAAGAAACAUAUAGACAGAUAGGCUAUUAAUCCAUUACAUUCAACACAUUUCUCUAAGCAGUAAAAUCGUCUGGCAUUAGACAGAAUAAAAUAACAAAGUGGAACGCAUCAAGACAAAUUGCAGCUAAUUUCAUGAGUAAAACGUUGCGAGCGACGUCGGAAGUUUAUGCUCUUACCUAGCACUAUGUGAGAGCAUAUAAAUUGCAUGUCCCUCGAUCUUUAACUCUUUGUUCGAACUCAUUGUUCUAACGGAUAUCAAGGCAUCUUGGAUACCUUGGGUAUCAUUAAUUUUAGCAGGUGUCUUAUCAAUCAAACGGACUAUGCAUGCAUGCUAGGCUAUUUUUAGCGAUGACCUGUUCUUCUGAAAUUUCUGUCCGUUAUAAAACUUUGUCAUUGAAAUUGUUUUUCGAAUGCUGUUCAAUGUCAAUGAUAAUAUGAUAAUUAAAGUGAUGCAUGCGUCAUAUACAGCAGCUGGUACAUACUAUCGAAGUUUGUUUGAUCAUAUUAGGUCUGAUAUGACAGUGGAAACCUCGUGUAAACGAAGGUUCGGUUAAUUUUACAGUAUUGAAGUUUCUUUGAUCAAAAAGUUUAUGCUUUGAUUAAAAAGUCCAACUGCAUGUGUUAAUAGCAUUUUCAAACUUCAAAGACACAAUUCUGUAAUCACUGGGAUAUUUCUAAUGCAUUAAGACAGUGCACAAUGAGUUAUUUUAAGGCGAUGACCUGUUCUUAGGAUGUCCAAGACAAAUGUCACCGACGAUACGUUGCAGUCAUUAAAUUUUGGGUUAUACUAAGUUUUUUUCGUCGAAGCUCCUUUGGUCAAAGUGUUUCUAUUUAAACAUCUUUCAAAAGCUGAUUUAUAUUAUCCACGUUUUUUUAUCAAAUAUACUUCCAUCCAGAAUGUGUGACAGUGUUUCAAAGCCGAAGGCAUAAGUUUAGUUCAGAAAUUUUUGUGUCAGCAAAUUUGAUGAUGACAUUGGCAUGAGAUCAUAUCGCAUUUCCCAAGUGGGGACGAAAAGCUGUUCACACGUUCAAUAUUAAACAUUAUGCUGCGUAAUUGACAUUGUCAUUAUUAAACAGUGUUUUUGAAAGGUCAGAUCCGUUAAGGCAAAAAAUGAAUAAGCUUGUGACAGGCUGCAUACGUACGACUCUUGGCAUUUAGCUUUCUGAGAUUGUUCUGGUCACUUCUGAGGAGAUGGCAGAAUAUAUUGUAUUGCGUCAGGAGAAGUAGAGGAAUUUUGUCGAUGUUCUAUACGGAUAUGUUGGAUUAUUCUAGAAACAAAUGAUACAAAUGAUGCACAAUAGCUUAGGUAAAAUUCAAUCACGAGAUAGUAUUAUGCUCAACGUGCAAUUAUAUUGGCUGGCUCUAUUAAUGUCCCACCCCACCCCCCGCCAACCCCAUGAUCUCAAAUUUUGCACCCCCCAACAGAAGAGCGUUCAAAAAGAUCUUCCUUCCAAGCGAAUACAUUGACUCAUUGACUGUUAUGAAGAUUGUUUUUCAUUUCAUGAACAGUACAUGCCGUGCAAAUUGUGCAACCUUCAACGACCCCCUUAUCGUAACAUCCGUACUGAUAUUGUGCCUCAAAUCGCUUUGACAUUGCCACCUGCAUUACGUCAUCUUAAAAAAUUGAUAGGCUAGGUCGAGGGCAGUGUUUGUUUGGUUUUCUCGAGAAAGAUCGCUUUCAUAUCUCCCAGACAUGCAAAAAAUCUUGUUUCGUCAAAAGGAAGUUUACUGUAGGUCACGGAUGCCAGCACUAGAAUCUCCUUAACGAAACUCUUCACCCAAGAAUUCUUUGGUGUUCUUACAAAGUUAUGCAAAAUAUACUUGCUUAAUUCAUUAUGCCAAUGUCUCCAAUAUAAUAUACCAUGUUCUGACAGUUUCAGUCGUGCACUAAAAGCAAUUGUUUACAAGUUAUUGUAUAAAUAAUCAUAAAGUAUAUUGCUAAUAUCCCAUAAAUCGUCUAUUACACUAAGUAUGCUAUAAUUAGCUCGAGGAAAUAAAGUUUUCUUUGAAGUUACAGCGAUAGUAAAAAAUAUUAGCAUGUCGUAAAAUACAUCAUGCAUAAAAAUUAAACACGAGUCGUGUUUUACUUGUUGUUUGGGAAAGUAAUUACACUUCAUUUUACUGCUUUGGAUGGUUAACUAUGGUUCUAGUAAGUUUGGACAACUAAGCCUCUCUUGGGAGACCAGUUUGAAAGGGUUGGAGCUAUCCAAUAUAAAUAAAGUAUUACUGUUUAGUUUAGGUUUCCUUCUGUAGUAACACUGGAGAUGACUUUUACAUGACCUCUAGGGAGAACUGUUUAGAACUGAUAGAGCUGUCCAGCAAAAAUAAAGUUAGUUUAGUUUGUUUCCUCCUGUAGUAACACUGGAGCUUUGAUUGGAACAAUCUGAAGAGAUGAUCCUUACUAGACCUCUAGGGAGAACAGUUUAGAACUGAUAAGAGCUAUCUAUCCAGUAUAAUGCUGACGUAAUUUUAAUACUAAUUCUUUCAUUAUUUAGACCAGAAAGAAGAAAGUGACUCCGCCAGUGAACAUGUGAGUUUUUUUAUCCACAUAUAGUUUUUUUUUAUGGGGCCGGUUGUCCAAAACCCGGUUACCUUAAUCCUAGGUUAACGAAAUACUUCAAAACCAAUCUUCCCAGCAGCUUGUGUAUGUAUAGACAUGGGUAUUUUCCCCAGAAAUCUUGUCCGGGUCAAUAGAAGUAUUUGCCAAAGUUUGAAUUAACGGAUUUGCAGAUGUAUCCAAAUGUAGAUGUGUGCUAAUCCAGCUUAAUCGGGGCUUUCAAAACAAGCUGGGGGUGCCGCGACGUUUACCGCCGGUUACUUUGUUGAGUACUUGAAAUAUCAAUUCUGCUCUCCUUCCUCCACUCUGAGCUUUCAAACAAAGUUAUUUUUUCUCAACCUGCAUGGUAUACUGACUUUGUAGCCUGGUUAUUUUCGGGAAAACGACGUAGUAAGUGAUUUGGUUGUUUGCCAUCUUAAAUCUUGAAGUUACCUUGUUGAAGAAUGAAAGUGGUGGUGAUACAUUAUGAUUUGAUUACAAAGCUCAGUUGUGUUGCUAUCUGACCAAUAUACACUUAUGUCUAGGAUGUCUUUAAGACUCCCUAGACCACUCUCCACAGCCGUCUACUUUAUCAACACACCCACCUCCUCAGAAUAAUUCUCAAAACCCUGACCGGCUUUGAUCAACCGGGCCCCAGGAUUUUAUCUCCGCUUAAAGGCCCAGUAUGACAAUAAAAAUUUAUCUUUGUCUUAUUUGAAAGAACUUUUAAAAUUAUAUAAGAAGACCCUUUACAACUUUUUCGUACUUUGCUUGGUUUUCGAAAUAUUUUGACCAAAAACAGUGUGCAGUCCGGCAUCUUGGUAUUAGAAUUGACCUAACUGAGGUUUUGAUGACGUGACAGGGUAAAUAACUUGUUAAAACUUCUUCAUGUGGGACUAAAGUUCUUCGAAAAGUUCCUUAAAAUGUUGUGAGUUAAUUGAGUACUAAAAAGACUUUAGAAAAUCGAGUUUCAUAUUGAUAAUGACAUGUGGUUUGCAAGAUAACAAUUUUGCUUUUUACCCUACUUGUGACGUAUGCAUAUCAAAUGCAUAUCCAAGAUGGCGGAAUGCACGCUGCUUUUGAUCAAAAUAAGUCGAUUUAUUUCGAAAACCAAGCAAGAUACGGAGUAAUUCUAAAGGAAGCUUAUGUAUCAUUUUAAAUGUUCUUUCAAAUAAGACAAACUUAACUUAUAUUGCCAUAUCCCUUUAAACUGCACUUUUGAUUAAAAAAUAUUCAUUUUUGAUCAAUAUAUGGUCUUCGUUAUUAGGGCACCACGGCCAUCGAUAAGUUUAGAAAAUCUUAACGGACUUCGUAUUUCAUCAAGUAAACUCACCCUGGACGGCCGCGAGGAUCAGAUCGACAUCCCGGAGCCUGACGACGAGAAAGGAAGCACUAUCACUCUCGAAGAAAAAAAUCGACCUUUGAGAAGAAGUUUUUCUUUCACUCAGAGAAAUUUUCGACGGAAUGCGGUGAUUGAUCCUCCUGGCGAAGGACUCUCUAGUAAGUGAGCAGCAUUGGUAAUGCAGGGUGCUUUUUAAGGUGAACUUUACUGGGAGAGAGGUAUCCAGUAUAGAUAAAGUUUUUUAGUUUAGAUAUCUUCCUGUAGUAACACUGGAUGAAUAAGAGAUAAUCCUUACUGGACCUCUAAGAAGAACAGUUUAGAACUGAUAUAGUUAUCCAGUAUAAAUAGAGUUACUCUAGUUUAGGUUUCCUUCUGUAGGAACACUGGAUCAAUAAGUGAGGACUCUUACUGGACCUCUAGGAAGAACAUUUUAGAACUGAUAGAGCUGUCCUGUAUAAAUAAAGUUAGUGUAAUGCUUGUGAUGUUACUCUGAGUUUAUAUCCACACCGGGCAAGCUUGGAAAAUAUGCCUGGCCACGGUGGGAAUCGAACCUACGACCGUUGGAAUACUAGCCCAAUGCUUUGCCAACUGAGCUACGCGGUCAAGUCGGUUCGAGCAUGUGAUAUAAGCUUGCCCGGUGUGGAUACACACUCAGAGUUACAUCACAAGCGUCGUAUUCCGGCCUGAGUACAUUACACCAACACAGAAAAAAUCAAAGUUAGUGAAGUUUAGGUUUCCUCCUGUAGUAACACUGGAUCAAUAAGAGAUGAUCCUUACUGGACCUAUAAGGAGAACAGUUUAGAACCGAUGGAGUUAUCCAGUAUAAAUAGAGUUAGUUUAGUUUAGGUUUCCUCCUGGAGUUAUACUGGACCAACAAGAGAUGACCUUAGCUUAUUGGACCUCGGGGAAGAACAGUUUAAAACGAUCCAGUAUAUAAAUAUUUUUUGUUCAAUUGAUAUAACUAUUUCUCAAUACUUUUUUCACAGUGAAAACAAAGCGAAAACGGGAUAACACUUUAGAAGGUAAAUUCAAAAAUGAAAUUUUCACAGUGCCUAAAAGUUAUUGAAAAACGAUCGUUGAAUAUCUCAAUCUGUCUUGCAGCAUUUUUCAAGGCAGUGGAACACCAGGACUCGGAGCAAGUGACGAAAAUACUUUCCGCUCACGACGUCGACGUUAACGAGUAUGUCAUUUUUGUCUUUGGUUUAAAGCGUUGAUUUAAACUUCUCCCCCCCUGAAGUGUGCCCUCUAAAAAGAAAAUCCCGACUUCCAAAUCGUCAUCCCUUUCAGCAAGUUUCUUGUAUUAAACAAUGAUAGCAAGCUGAUUUAGGAGUAUCAGACUAAGGGUUAAAGAGUCGGGGUUUUUUAAAGAGCAUGCUAAGAUUAUUAUAAGGAGAAAUGGGAAGAUGACGUAAUCAACUGGAAUAGAAGACAGAAUAAAUGCUGUCCUCCUGUUGAUUGACUGGAAUCCAGUCCUGACGUUCAAAUCACUUUCCCCAUGAUUAGGAAUAUCUGGUUUUGAUAAUUGUGCAUGCAUAUUAUUUCAGAUUGAACGACGAUGGUUUCACGGCGUUGGAUGUAUCUAUCAUGCUUCAUUGUGACGGCAUUACAGGUCAAUUGCUGCAACGUGAGGCGAGAGAGAGUAAUCGAUGUAAGUACAUGCAGAGAACUCUAACUCUUGUUCUGUUUGGUUAUUUGUACCAGUGAUCUCUAUAUAUCUGCAGGAGCAAAAACUUCAGUCUACAUCUACAUCUACAUAUAAUUAAGUCGGUAAAAUCUACAAAUGAUAUCACACCAACUAUUUAAAACUAAAAUAUCUAUGAUGUACGGUAUAUAAAUGUCAGUCUGAAUGUCAAGAUGGCGACGAUUGACAUCCAAUAGCUCUGAAGGUCUUAAACAGUUUUUGUACCAUUCUUCCCCAGCUAGUCCAGUUUUUUAUAACGGACCGUAUCGCUAACCAAGUUAUCAGUUCAUAAUACCAUGGUGUUAUUCUUUAAAGGGGGUUUCAAAUCCAUGUCAAAUCGAUUUGUUAUCGACAGCUAAAAGUUGUCAUCACUCUAGUCUGUGGAGACCCUAAAUCUUUCUCCUUGAGUGUUGGCUAAAUUCUCUGACGUACUACUAAAAUGAACAUCGUUUAUAUUUGAAAGAGCGAUAGUUUUGGACAACGUAAUCUAUCAAUCAGUGAUAGCAUUAUUUCCAAUCGUUUAUUUAGUGUCGGCGUCGUUGAUGGAAAAUCAUCUUAAAAUGUUGCAGACGUUUGCCGAGGAACAAGUUGAACAAUAUGUCUCUGAUGUCGUCAAUAAAGGCACCACGGACGCCAAGGUAUACGACACAUUUCACAGUCGAGGCCUUGAAAAAAAUAUAUUUAUUUCUGUGUUUGUGACGGAAAAAAUUCUACUCCUCCGGUAUGUGGCUAAACUACGCACGGGAAACUAAGUGUGAAUUCCAUAGGUUAUCGAAACCGUCUUAAAUUAAUAAGCUUACUUAUUCAGUACUAGACAUUGUUUAAAUUGUCACUCUUGCCAUCCUAGCGCUUGUUGACCUCACAUCUGCACUGAAUUCAGUCCAUCCAUUUCCUCCACAUGCACUCAUGUCUUGUUUGUUAAUUUGUUUGUUUCGUUUUUCUUCUUGAAAAUUUUCAACUUUUAAAAUGAUAUUUUUCGGAAAAUUUUCUGUCCGUGGAAAUUUUUCUUGCGUGGAAAUUUUUCUUGCGUGGAAAUUUUUCUUGCGUGGAAAUGGGCCUUCCAAUGAUUUGCCAACAUUACUAUAUAUUUUAUUUGAGUUAAAUCGUAUUUGGAACUCUUGUCGAACUUUUAUUAUGUUUUUCUAGCGCCCAGUAAGAAUUCGUGACUGUUAAGUCUCAUCAACUCUCAAAUUUGCCAUUUUUAACAGGAUAGUGAAAAACAGCUUAAAGAAUGCGAAUGGCGGCUUCAUCUUUUACAGAAAAUGUUGACUGGAUUCCAGGGCAUAGGUAAACAAAUUUAAGAGUUUGUUUUUAAUUAAUCGGGUGACCGCUGCUCCUGCCUCGACAAAAGCAGUAAAUAACAGGAUCUAGUCGCUCUUUAGUACUUUGAGGGUAGUCCUAUGUUUCGUCUGUUGCAGAUACAGUUUAAACCCCCAAUUUUUUUCCUGCAUUAUUUUACUUGGAAGAAAAACUAACAAUUAGCAAAAUAUAAGAAAAUUCUGUAAUGCCAUUUUUUUUGAAAAUGCGAAAAUAUCGUACUCUUCGGUAAAAUAUAUAAUUGUUUUUGUUUGUGGAAACACCACGUAAAUUUAUUACUGCAAAGCUUUCGAUCCGUAAGCCCGGAUCUUCAUCAGUGCUAAUAAUAUGUGACUUGUUUAAUUCACACACUCUUUUUAUAUACAAGAGUGUCGUGAUCUGUUGGCUCGCGUCAUUUGAAAUUUAAUUAAACGGCACAAACAAAAACAAUUAUAUAUUUUUAUCGCCAUGCAAACAUUCAAAGAACUUCGGUAAAAUGUUUUUGGCAUUACAAAAUUUCUUAUUUUUUGUAUAAUGAAAGUUUUUAGCGGUGCAAUACAGCAUGCAUGAAAUUUGAAGAUAGGUCACCAGACAAAAUAGGGAGAUAUAGCGCAUUGUGUUUCUAAAAUGGAAAAUUCUAAUGACGUCAGCAAUUAACAUAAAACGCUACAGAACACGCGCAAUGACGUGAGAUGGCGCGAGCAACUGCUCACGUCAGGUCAUUUUGGAAGUUCUUUCAUUUUAAUACCUUUUGUUUGCGGAAACACCACGUAAAUUUAUUACUGCAAAGCUUUCGAUCCGUAAACCCAGAUCUUCAUUAGUGCCAAUAAUAUUCUUUUAUUUUGUUAAAAUCAGUUUCCACGACCUGCGCGUAAAAUGGUCACGGGACGCGGUUUUGCUAGCGAUUCUUGAGCAGGGUUUUUGUGAUAACUAUAUCGAUCACCUUAACCACAAAACUAUGAAAUAUGAUAUGUAGUUAAAUUGGCUUAUCAGUCCCGACAACUUUUUAAGGCUUUUCUGUUACAUUUCUAACAUUCCUCAUACGACCGCAAAUUAUACACGACGUAAACAAAUAUCGCAGGAAUUAAAGUGCCAGAAAUGGAAACCAUAUGAGUCAUAUGCAUUAAUCACUAUAAUAAUGCAUAGUGACCGUUACUUCUAACGGCGAACAAAUUUGACUGGUCAUUGUUAAGAUUUUGGCCGGUUGUUUUAGCCCUGAUCAUCACGUUUCACCGUGUUUGUAAACGUAUAUUUUUAUGUUGUUUUGUGGAUAUAUAGAUCUGCCAUCACGACCGACAACCGUAUUUCUCUCGGCUGCGUCGGAAACCUCCCUUCUCGUUCGCUUUUCUGGUCCAGCUGCUAGCAAGAAUAAUCCUGUCACGAAAUUCAAAGGUUAGUAGGAUGAGAACGAACUUAAAAUUCAGAUCUACUACACAUCAUAUUGGUAUAGAAAAUUUAGCUGUUUCAAUCAAUAUUAUUUUCAAUACGAUGAAUCGUGUGGGAGAUUGGUUAUACACUAUGUACCUACGCGUAAAAACAUACAACUUCUAACAAAACUGUAGUAGGCUUCUGGCAAUGCUGUUUCAACAACUUGUUAUCAGUAUGUGUUCACAUCGUUUGUCCCCAGCAUGUUGACAAGUUAUUGACGGUUUGUUGACAACUUGCUACAAGACUGUUGACUCGACACACUUGUUUCAAGUUCUUCAAACAACUUGUUAUCGUUCCGCAAUUCAUCAACUUGUUAAGUUAUGAGUGACAACCUUGUAGCCACUUGAUGAAAUGACAACAUUAUUACAACUUGUUGACAAGUCUGUUACGAACACAUGUCGUUCUAUAGUAUAUACAUGCACAGGUAUCACGGUUGGAAAUUUCACCGUGAUAUUUAGUAUUCUUUCCUUCUAGUUCAGUGGAGUCGAGAUAAAGCCUUCGACAGUUUGGAUGGAGAAUAUUUCUCUCAUAAUAUUCUUGAUCGACAAUACACCAUAGCGGGACUGCAAAAGGUGAGCUUACCACCACUGCUUUCAUUAAAUCUCAAAUCGAGUCUACAUAGAUUUCUGUAUGUAGUAUACUAUAGAUUUCAGCACUAUCUUACAGCAGAUGGUUGCCAACCUGCAGUUAUCAGAGUGAGAAAAUAAUGUUCAUUCUUUACAUGUAGAUGGAAAUAAAUGGAAUUGAGAAAUUUAGUUUAAUUUUCUUGUUCCAAUCAGUAUCAACAUUCUUAAAGAUGACACCAUCUGUCGUGCUGUAACGGGCUUAUGUUUCUCAUCAAAGCAUUUUUCGUCAACUUUUUAGUCAAUAGCUUAUUACGUGAGAAUUUGUGUUGGUAAUAUCAGAGGUUAUGGUGAAUGGAUGAUGUCAAGUCCGCCCUGUGUUGUUCCAUCAAGU